UCACACGUAUCCAUCACAUCAGAUCAUCUCCAAUCCGAAAAUCAUACGCGUUACCGAUGUAUUAGAUUGAAAAGGUUAAAUUGUGUCAAUUUAUUGUUCUCGCUAACACUUGUGCAAUUUUCCAGCCAGUAUGUACGUUGUUAAUGAAUUAUCAGUACUCGUGAAUGUAGUCCAGAUCAUCCUGAUAACAGAAAGAGAGAAGAGCAAGGUUUAUCCGAUUCAUCACUGAUACCUUCUCACGCACUCACUUGACUGUAUCAUCUCAUCGAUCGCAACAGCAUGCUGUGCUUUGAUAUCUCGCGUUGCUACGCACGCAGACACGCUUGACGCAAACAAAUCAGUAGGCCGGACGACGUGGCCACAGUUUGAAAACAAUUGAUUCGACAGUUCGGAAGUGAUUUGUUCCCAAAGUUUUUUAAGUGUUCACCUGAUCAGUAUAUUUUGCCAUUUGUUCAAUUCCGGGAAAGAAAAAUGUAUGUGGACCUUGAGCUCUUUUCGGUGCGGAAAAACGGCCGGCUCGCGGCGAUGUGGCUGGCCGCAACUAACAAAACUCUGUUUCGUCGGUACUUCAAACGUGGGCAGUGUGAGAAAAUCGACAUCGACGACAUGUGUAAAUCCAUCAUCGAAUGCGUGAACUCCAACAAACCGUUGAUCAUGGUGGCAAAGCUUGCGUAUGGCGCUGUUUACAUCUAUCAGCAGCAGGUUCAGUUUCUCUACGAUAAAGUCAGUACGGCGGCGUGCCUUCAAACAGCUGCUCUCCAGGAGUUCCGAAAACAAUGCAGCAGCAAAAAUGCAAGUACUAAAAAGGGAAAGCGCGCCUCGUCGUUUGACGAGCGCUACGAGGAAUGCCUGGAGGGUCCAGCUGUGGCCACUGAAGAAAUCAUAGCGCAAUUGCUCAAAUGUGAUCAAAGUACCAAAGUCGUCCGUACCGAUGAUAUCACUAUGCGGGAAUCGACCGCUGGAAGGCUUUCAAUCAUUGAAUCGACACUUCGCGACCAGGGCGACGGAUUUGGAGAGAUGAAACUUCAAGAGUUUAGCGAGUUUCUCGGAUCGCCUUCAAAGGAAUUAUCCGCACUGAACGAUACCCACAAUGAUUCGGGUAUCGAGCAGGACACCACCAAUGCGAACGGAUUUGCAGAUCUCCCGUUAGUUACUGACCAAACUAUGCGUGAAGUGACGAUCGACGAAUCCCCAGUAGCAUGUACUUCAAUAGCCAUGAUGGAUGUGCCCAUUGCAAGCGUCAGUACCGCACAUAUGCAGGAUGUUGAUAUGUCAAUACUGAUCAAGUCAGAAGUCCCAGAUCCAGAACAUACCGAGAAGACGUUGGAGAUUUCAAGAAUUUCUGAUGAUACACCGGAGGCACUCGUGACAACGCCUGAGAGAUUAGACAUGCAACAAGUCCCACCGUUGUCUAUUGCUACUGAAGAGGAAUCCAAGAUCGUAGUGACAGUGCCCUUGACCAGCGCCAAGAAAUCUAAGCCUCGACGUACAAUCAUCGAUCAGAAAACUAAACUGGAUUUCGAAAGAAUGAAGCGUGCUAUUGAAACCAGUUCAACUACCCAACGGUGCAAGAACCCCCGUUACGACAUCGUUUCAUUGGAGCAGGUGAGACAUCCCUUCGAUCACGCAGUGACAAUUCUGCAACAUCCCGUCCGAAGCAUGCGAUCCUCGGUCUUACCCGGUUUAUUCAUUCGUAACACCCGGAAGCGAACCAUGGAUGUCGACGAUUCGCUGCUACAAGAAUGGAAUGGUCAUUUGGAAUUAAGGAAGAGAAAGAGAACCACAAAAGAACCAAUUGUAACGGAAGUGGUUUCUUCGCCGCCACUAGUGGACAAAUCGCCGUCGAAAAGUCCUGUGAAUGAGGACGUCUCCCUGAACAGCGCCAACAUCAGCCAGCAAGAGCAAACGAUCGAAAUCAUUCCACUGCCAGUGCAGGAGGAUCUUCUGGUCAACCCAGGAACUAUCGAAAUUCAACCGUUGAAUAGUCCCGCCAUUGGAUCGGUGUCAGAAAUCGAUGAAACGAGUCUAAUGAUUUUGCUCACGAACCUUCGGAACAAAGGUCAAGGACCAAUUUCUAUGAAAUCGCUGGAAAGUGGAUUUUGCAGUAAACUAGAUGCCGCCACAUGCUUCUCAACCAUUUUGGUUCUCAUCGCCAAACGAAAGUUAAGAGUCAUCAAAAACGGAUCGAAUGAAAUUGCCGACAUACUUCCGCAUUUCUAAUCAAUGACGGCCAUAUAGGAUUGUCAUCCUCCAACAUUACUAAAUUAUUCUGUAUUCUAAGAUUAACUGAACUCACGAGAGAUUAUUUAUUAAUAUUUAUUAGGAUUUGGUCUAAACUGUUCACAAUGCAGCGCAAUUGUGUGUAAAAUAAAUUAUGAGAACAGAUAAAUGUAAAA